UAACAGUCCCUAUAAGGACCGCUCGAUCUUGAAUCCUGAUCAAAUUAGAAUGGAUUUUCUACAUAGCGAGAGAUACUGCUACCAGAUCAGCAUUUCAAAACUGUAGAAAUCUAUUCCAAUAUCAGCAGUCAAUUUCAAUUUCUUAUUCAACAACUUCUUCGGCCAUGAGUUUACAAUUUUAUGAUCUCUGCGAACGUUUGCCAGACGAGAUCAUACAUAGAAUCUUUGAUUUGAUUCCAAAAUCUGUAUGGGGAGAACUUUUGCGAUUCGAGUCACCGGCAAAGGCGUUGGCAUUAAGUAAGUUCUAUCGUUCAGUAUACAUUGGCAAUGUGUUGAUACCCGACAAUCCUCUCGAGUGGCAUUACUUUUCUCUCGAGGCUUUUAUUGCUUUCAAUAGGAAACAUCCGUCUUUCCAGUGGUCAACUAUAACCUUGUUGCAAGAUGACUUUCUUGCCCUAAUCCGUCUACUUCCAGGGGUAGCUUCGAGCGCCAAAUUGUUCAUAAUUGAAACCAAACGUGACAAAGAUUUCGGUUUUGUAAAGGCUCAUGAAUCCCUCAGUUGUGCGUUUUACUUUAUACGCAAUAGAGAGCAUCCCUGGGAAAAUAUUUUUAUCGAUCAUAUACCCUUCAACACCAUUGGUUGGAAGGUCGGAAACCCCUCUUGGCACAUGAUAGAUACUUUCACCAAUUUAACCAAUCUUCAAGAAUUGGAAAUACUGGAACGACGUUUUUCAUUUCAAGAAUUGGAAAGUUUUCCCAAGAAUUUGAGAAAACUUUUGAUUAUUUUAGAUGUAAAAUACGACGAAGAAGAGCAUAAGAUGAUCUUGAAUUUACCAAACCGCUUGCGAGAAUUGAAUUUAAGUCUCUUGCGUGAGAAUGUGUUGUCAGAGGAUCGUCCAGGGCCAGUUCCGAUAUGGGACAUAUCACACCUAAUAAAUUUGACCAAGUUGACCCUUGUGGACGAUCGAGGAUUGCGGUUGGAUGGUUGGAGGUUACCACUUUCUAUUUCAUCGCUAGAUUUUUCAAACGUACCAGUAUUCAAUCUAAUGGGAAUUGAGGAUCUUACUACAUUAAGAGAUGUGAGCAUUAUGGCAACUGGUCCUGUUGAUAGCAAUUGGUGUUUAUUUCCAGACAGUGUUAGAAUUUGGGAUGUUUCUAGUGACCUUACAAGUUUCUCACCUUCUUUGAGGGCUAAAGAAAUAAUUACGUUCAAGUUGACUACCGGUCUGUAUGCUAUGCCUCCUACAAAUAUAACUUUAAAUUGUGAUUCGUUCGAAUUAGGAUAUUAUUAUUCUCCUUCUACUUUUCCAUUGCUGGACUUCUAUGAUUUCUCACAAAUCCACAAUUUGACAUCAUUAUUGAUUGAAAGCAGUGAUUUGGUUUCUCUUUCUAAAUUGAAACUUCCCUACACAUUGCAGAAACUUCAUCUCUAUGGCUGCGGGGACUUAGAGAGCCUAGAAGGAUUGGAGAAAUUAGAGAACUUGCGCAGCUUCGGUUUAGAUGGAUGUUUUGAGACCCCAUUUAUCAAAGCAUUAGUGAAGACAAUUGUAUUUCCAGAGAGGUUAGUGGAAUUGCGAUUAAGAUUGGGAUCCACCAAAUCAGAUUGGCUAGUUGAUGUUUGCAAUAAUCCAGAAGAUUAUUGUGAGGUUCAAAAGAGUCUGUAUCAUCAUGAAUCUUCUUUUGACGAUAUACUCUUUCGAAGAUGUAUACGUGUGGGGGAUCAAUUCCACCUACCCAAUUCGAUAACGAAGUUGACUAUUGCAGGUGAUGCAUUGGCCAUCGAAGAUACUAUCAAAUUGCCAGAAAAUCUCUAUGAAUUGGAUCUUUAUGAUGUUGCUGGGUUUUCUCACUUUUCGAAUUUGAAGUUGCCUGACACAUUACGGAUUCUUCUGUUACCGCGGAUAUUCUUGCGAAGACAGUUUGAAGAGUACAAAUUUCCUAGUGGCUUGUCCCACUUGAAGCAUAGAGGUAAUUUAGUAACAGCACAAAACCACGACUUCUUUGAUCUACUCCACUGUGAAGGGCCAAGAUCACUUCGACAGGUGCCACACCACGCCGCGAUUGAUUUCUCAUAGAAAAAACCUUCUACAUAUAGAAAUGGGUGCAAAAAAUGCUGCGAAUAGACUUCUUAAAUGCAUUCCAUACUUCAGAGAAAAUGGCCCUGGGACUUGCGACGUUCCUACUGUAAAUGGGAAGCGGUACCAGUGACAGUCAGUGUCAAAAGGAUUCUCGUAGUAAUUCAUAAUUCAUUCUCUUCGUAAGCGUUUGUAUAGCGAGUAACUUCAGUGAGAGGUGAGGUGUGAGAAAAGUCACCAAAGAUUUUUGCUACUCGUUAUCAACUCUUAAAUAUAAAUCUAGAUGUCC